UAUUAUGCUGAAUUGGGAAUCAUUUGAAGUAUAUCCAAUGGCAGCAUCUUGUUUGUCCAGAAGCACGACGGAGCGAUCUCGAGGAACACCCCCGGGCUCGUGCACACUUAGCGCAUCAGCCGACCCCCACCCCACCGCCAAAACCAGACUGCAAAUCUGCAAAUGCACUUUUGAUUGUUGGAUUAAACGAGGCAGAGGUGACUAUCAAACACCGAGGGAGGAGAAUUAAGGACAGAGCGCAGCCGCUGCUGGAGCAAAGAGCACCUGCUGUUUUUCCCUUUGGCUUCGGAGAGGACAAGAGUUGCAGUUAGAUUAAAAAAAAUGUGUGUAAAACAACGCACCUAACGGAUACUGGACUUAUUAAUGAAGCAGGUUAAUGAAGAGGAAAAAAAUCUGCACCUUAGGACCAAUUAAAUUCUUCUAUUCAAGGGAGAACAUUCCAUUCAGAAGCAAUUGGAUGAGAGUCUCAUUAGCCGUCGGCAACUAAAGAUGAUGUUACCAUGGAAACAAAUUGUUCUGCUAUCAAUCACCGGAUGCCUUGCAGCUUGUACAGAGGAUGUCAUAUUUCAAGGGCCAAGAUGGAGGACACAGCCCAGCGACCUCAUUUUGCCGAUCAACUCCCCAGACCACCAGGCGACCAUCACGUGCGAGGCAGAGGGGAUCCCUUCGCCGCAGUACAGAUGGUCGCUAAACGGAACACUCAUUGAUCUGGGGAGCGACUACCGGCGUCACAUGUCUGGGGGCAGCCUGAUCAUUAGGAACCUGGACAAGGACCAAGACUCUGGGAUGUACCAGUGCACGGCUGUCAAUACGUGGGGUACUAUCCUCAGCCGCAGAGCCAGCAUUCAAUUUGCCUAUCUUGAAAACUUCAAAACCCAAUCUGUGAGGAGUGCUGUCAGUGUCCGUGAGGGUCAAGGAGUGGUUCUGCUCUGUGGUGCRCCCCCACAUUCUGGAGAGCUGGCAUUUGCAUGGAUUUUCAAUGAAUAUCCAUACGCGGUCCAACAAGACAGUCGAAGAUUUAUCUCUCAGGAGACCGGGAGUUUGUACAUUGCCAAAGUGGAGCCCUCUGAUGUGGGAAACUACACCUGUGUGGUGAACAACACUGUCACAAAGGAGACAGUUCUCAGCUCUCCAACACCACUGGUCCUCAGGAGUGAUGGAGUAAUGGGUGAAUAUGAGCCAAAGAUAGAAGUUCAUUUUCCCGAUGCGGUUCCAGCUGCAAAAGAAUCAGUGGUGAAACUGGAAUGUUUUGCUCUGGGAAACCCUGUCCCAGAAAUUAGCUGGAGGAGAACCAGCGGCGUCCCAUUCCCGAGCAAAGUCAAAAUGAAGAAUUCAAAUGCCGUCCUUGAAGUUCCUAAUUUCCAACAGGAGGACGCAGGGACCUACGAGUGCGUCGCAGAGAAUCGGCGGGGCAAGAAUGCUGCACGGGGUCGUGUUUCUUUCCAUGCUAAACCUCAGUGGCUCCAGACAAUGGCAGACACCGCGCUGUCCAUAGAGGACAACCUUUUCUGGGAGUGUAAGGCCAGCGGAAAACCUAAACCAUCCUACAGCUGGUUGAAGAAUGGGGAGCACCUGAUGGCAGAGGAGCGUGUACAAAUCGAAAAUGGAGCCCUUUCCAUAACUGCGUUGAACCUGUCAGAUUCCGGGAUGUAUCAGUGUGUGGCUGAAAACAAACAUGGCAGUGUUUACUCCAGUGCCCAGCUAAUGGUGUUAGCUUCAGCUCCCAGUUUUUCCAGAAGUCCAUUAAAGACCUUGGUAAAAGCUCGCUCCGGCAGCGAAGUCACUCUUGAAUGCAAGCCUCAGGCCUCGCCCCCAGCAAUUAGCCUGUGGAAGAAAGGGAAUGAGAUCCUGCAAAGAACUGAAAGGAUUAAUGUGUUUUCAAAUGGAACAUUAAAAAUCAGCAACGUAACCAAACGAGACGCAGCGAGCUACACGUGCAUGGCUAAGAACCAGUUUGGAACAGCAAGCACAACUGGGAGGCUCCUCAUCACUGAGCCCACCAGAAUCACCAUGAGGCCCACUAACAUGGAGAUUAUUGUUGGCGAGAGCAUUGUAUUACCCUGCCAGAUUGCCUACGAUCCAGAUCUGGACAUCUCUUUCUCGUGGGCAUUCAAUGGCCAGCUCAUCGACUUCCAGCAAGACAGUGAUCAUUUUGAAAGAGUAGGAGGGAGUAUAGCUGGGGAUCUGAUGAUUCGUAACAUCCAGCUGAACCAUGGUGGGAAGUAUGUCUGCGUUAUCGACACGGAUGUGGAGAGCCUGUCCACCUCUGCAAUUCUGGUUGUCAAAGGUCCUCCAGGCCCUCCAGACAAAGUAGCAGUGGAGGAAAUAACAGACAGCACAGCACAGCUAUCCUGGACUCCUGGAAGGGACAAUGGCAGCCCCAUUACUGGUUACAUCAUUCAGGCACGAACACCAUUUACUGUGGGCUGGCAGGCCGUUGACACAGUGCCAGAGGUAGUUGGCGGUAACAUGCUGACUGCCACAGUGGUGGGUCUGAAUGCCUGGGUGGAGUAUGAGUUCAGGUUGGUGGCCCGUAAUGCCGUAGGCCUUGGAGAGCCAAGCCCAGCCUCAGCCAAGACCAGAACGGAGGAUGCUAUUCCUGAUACAGCUCCCACUGAUGUUGGAGGUGGAGGAGGCACAAAGUCUGAAUUAGUGAUAACAUGGGAGCCUUUGCCUGAGGAACUGCAGAACGGGGAGGGCUUUGGCUACAUUAUCGCCUUUAGGUCUGCAGGCACAGUCACGUGGACACGAGCGAUCAUCUCCACUCCAGGCGUAUCCCGUUAUGUCUUCCGCAACGACACCAUCCCACCUUUCUCACCUUUUGAUGUCAAAGUUGGAGCCUUUAACAACAGAGGGGAAGGACCAUUCAGCUCUAUUGCAACUGUGUAUUCAGCAGAAGAAGUCCCCGGUGUGGCUCCUAAGAGGGUUAGAGCUCGGAGUUUGUCGGCAGCACAAAUUGAAGUGAUCUGGGAAGCUCUCCCCGACCUCCCAGAAAGAGUCCUAGGAUAUGAGGUCGUGUACUGGGAGGAUGACACCAAGCCUGACACAGUUGGUAAAGUGCGAAUAACUGGAAACUACACGCAGGUUAACAUCACAGGGCUGAAAGCGAACACAGCAUACUACCUCUCUGUGGCUGCCUUCAAUACUGCUGGUCCUGGACCACAGUCGGCACCCAUCAACAACACCACAAAGAAACCACCGCCAGAUCGAGCUCCAUUCAACAUACAAUGGAGAAUGAUUGGCUCCACGCUAACGCUGCACUGGGACCCUUUAGUAGCCAUGGAGACAGAGUCAAAGGUGACUGGCUAUUUGGUGGUGGUGAAAAGACAUCGAUACAAUGACAUCAACACAAUCUUCACCAAUAAAACCACAGCCGAGCUCAGUCUCUCAGCGAGCGACAACUAUCUUAUUCAAGUCAAGGUCAUGAGUGAAGGUGGAGAGGGUGUGGGCAGCGAACCUGUCCACAUCCACAAAUUAAGUAUGGGAGCUCGAGGCUCUGGAGCUUCAAGCCUCAGAUGGUUGUCCCGUUCCACAGUCCUUAUCAGCGCACUGCUCUGUACAGCCUGGUGAUGUCAAACCUCAGCCUGUGGCGCCCUCCUCUCCUCCUCUUAUUCAAGCCUCUCCUUUGUCGACUCACCACUGGAAUGGCACAWGGCCUAAGUUUCAGUUCGGACUGGGAAAAGGGGGGUAAAUAACUGGACUGCACCAAAUUUUCAAAGGGACCAUGCUUCUUCUUUUAAWUAUUCAACUGAUGGGGGUCGUAUGAGUUUUAUGGAUGUGUUCAGCUUUUUCUUCCAGUGUUGAAAGUGCCACUGUUCUAGAAUUUUCUUUUGCAAGUUCUUAUCUCUCUGACUCAUGACUUAACCUUCUUUAGUAUCUUUUGGAGAUACCACUGCCUUAAAACCCACUUUCCUAAAAGAGUCCAUACCAAAGUAGGUGGCUGCUUACGUCAACCCAACAUAAAAUGUUUAGUAAAAACGAUCCACAAAUUAAACUCCUCAGCAGUCAUUACGUUAUAAUCAUCGGCUGCGCCCAUUUUUCAGCUUGUCAAAUUAUCCAAAAGCCAUUAAUUCAUAAGUUUGUUUCUCGUGCAGCUGUUGCCAAUAAAAAUAUCCAUUCUAGACAUAAGAUUUUUACCAGGCUUAGUCAGAGAUGCAUAAUUGAUCAGCUGUGCCUGAAACCCACUCUGACUACUGAAAUAAUGUUAAGUCUGUUAGAGAGCCACGGGCUCACGAGCUUUAGGCCCCUUUCACAAUACUCUGAUAGAUCUUGGCAUUUUACUCUCUAUCUCAUGCUCCUUUAAAUAAUAAAUGCCUAUCACACUCUGCAUUCUCAGUCUAGGAAAAAAAAAGAAGGUGGGAUUGAGGAGAGCAGACAUGUGGUGUAACUACAUCAAGCAGAUCCCAUGUGUGCUGUUCCAUCUCUACAUUAAGACGACCGGUGUUCAACACCAUAUCACAGAAGACGCAACAUCAACAACCCAAAUGACCAUCUGCCAYAGUGCACAAUGGACUGCAAGAUAACAGUGCCUUCACUAGAGCUCAGCCCAGUGUCUCCCCCCCCCCCCCCCCUUCGGAUAGCUUAUGGAAAGAUUCAUCAUGCAGCAGGGGAAUUGUUUGCUUUGCUAUCCUGAAGAAUAUUAGCUACACGAGACAGGAAGCUCAAAAUGUAGGAGCAAGGCUUUAUUGGAAAUGGUAUGUUGAUUAAAUUUUCAUCGGGGCACAGGAGCGCCUUAGACAAAAAGGGUUGGCAAUGUGAGAGCAGACACUGUAGAUUUCAAUAUGUAGUAGGGAAUUUUGGCACUGGUAUUUAUGACCUGUGGCAUAAUAAAUGUUUGACUCCAUCCAUAUUAUAAUUUAUAGGCUAUUAAGGCAUUAGAAUAAUGGAUGCCAAUAUGUUGGUGAAAGAGGCCUGACUGGAAGUGGAGCAYAAGGCAUGGCUAUUAUUUUACCCUCACUUCACCUCCGCCCGUUGGACACUUACCAGGCUGAAAAGUAACAAAAGAACAUUGCAGCUCUGCUGAGGAAGACACUUUUUACAGCCUUAUAUUAUGUGGAUGAGGCUGUCAAAAGGCAUCCAAAUAAAAGCAGAGGUGUGAUUGCUGGGGCCCCAAUACUGGGGUGGAGGGAUAUAUUCAACUGAUCACAUUACUGUGCCUUUGCAAAACAUGGRGUCGGGUACAGUUGUUAGCUUGAGCCUUUUGCAGCCUGCGUUUUGAACUCUUGAAAGCACAAUGAAUUGAUGCAAGGUGACUGGAAGUCCUCACUUAACCAUCCGAACUGGUGUGUAUGACCCCAGAGGCCCUGUAAAAGGUCCAAAGGGCUGACAUAAUCAGGCUGUCCUAUUUACUCCUUGACUGAAUUCAUAAAACUCUGUGCUCGUUGAUUAGACUCCUGCAGACCAGUCAAUGGGAUAUUGAUUUUCCUGGCCCAUUAUUGUGGCUGUCACAAUUCAGCUGCUUGAUUGACUGAUGGCUAAGUUCUCAUGCACCUGUUAUAUUGCGUUAGAGUCCAUGAUGUUUCAAAUGUCCUCUACUAGUUUCAUGACCUUUGUUCUCAUCAGACGUCAAAAAGCUUCUUUUUCUUUCUUUUUUGACGUUAUGUUAAUGUGUUUUUGUUUGACCAGAAUUAUCACUGUAGGUUAUUUGCUCUGAUUUUUCAGCAGCCUUUCUUGGUCAGUUUCAGAAUUUGUAUUUGUAGUGUAGGAGUAGAUUUUAAAUUGGAGCCCUGGCCUGAAUUUGAUUAGCUGGGCAAUUCUUUUGAGUUACAAAUCAAAACAAACCGUAGUAUUGAGCUCCCAACAGUGUAGAAACCCAGUCACAUCAGCAUUCAAAACUGUGAAAUUCUUGACAACGACUUUGUCUGGCUUUGAUCAUCAUUACUGUUGCCUCCAGUUUUCCUCUAAAUGUUUUUUGUAUUGCGAAAUAGAUGGUGAUACUAUUAAUGAUUGUGUUGCUCUGAUAAGUUUUAUUCAACCCAAAAUUUUUCACUCAAAAGCAAACCCACAAUAGUAUUGUUGUUUUAAGCAAUUUAUGAGUUUUAGAUGUGCAAACUGAUUUUUUAAAACUGCUGUGUAUUUAUUUAAUGUCCUUACUGAGCUUGUUAUUAAAUGUUAGUUUGCAAGUCAGUUCUGUCAGUUUCCCAUCAUGUAAAGAGUUUUUACUGAAAUGAUCUCCCAAAAAGAUAAUGCUGGGAUGUGUGAUGGCCAAACCUUAUACAGCAAUUUGUUAUGUGCCCAUUUUGCAUAGAAAUAAUAAUUUUAAUAUAAAAAAUCUCAAAGGACUGAUAAUUCUUAACCGGCAUGUUUACUGGUUACCUGUUAGCAAGUGGCUUUAUAAAUUCAUCUAACCUUAGAGAAUACAUUUCAGUAUGCAAAAUUUGUUGCCAAAGGAUCAAUUUUAAUCCCCAGAGACCCUGUGGUUUCUGUUUCCUGUCUGUUUGGAAUCUCAUUCAUUUUUGGUCAGUCUCAUUAAGUGGUCUCUGGUUGCAUUCAGGUAAUCAGUGCUUCUGGGGAGCAGAGGGUACAUUUUCUUAAGCCAACCCAAUGUGACUAGCAAUUGGGUUUCUUUUUUGGCCUUCAYAAACAUCAGCAGUUGGAGAUAAAUCUAAUUUCAGCUAUUCAAUCUAACUUGAUUUAAUUUGAAUUAAAACUUAGUAGACACACGUACAAAGCUACAUGAACAUACGCCACUGUGCUAACUCCUGGUGUGACUUGGCUUCAAUACUGCUCAUCUUGAUUCAAGUGGUGAACUUUUAUUUAUUUUUUCCCCAAAUGAUCAGUGAAUUGCAGGAUAACGAGCUUUUAGUUAUUUUGUGUAACUCUGUGGCAGCUUGUUUUAUUAUUUACACGGUUGUAGUUUAGCCUAACGUGUCUAAUCUUUACUCACAUAAGAACAAAGUUAUGUUUUGACAUUGUGCUUUAAUUGAUGCUUCAAUGUACAAUCUAAAAAACAUAAAGGAAGUGAUUGAAGCCAGUUGUAUUGAUGUAACGAAAGGAUUUAACAACAACAAACAAAAAAAAACAUCUAUUAUUAUCCACAAGAUUGGCAUAUUCAGAUCAGUUCUGUGGGUUUUGUUUUUUAGGAAGGAGUGCACAUGGAACAGUGUAUAUAGCUUGCAGAUAUUUUUUAAACGUGGCCAUCAAAGACAAACGUACUGCUUUUAUAUAUUGUGUUCUCUGGCUUUAAUACCGAUGUAUUAAUCAAUGAUCUCUGUGAGAUACUGACAUGUAGAAUGGUAUUUUCAUAUUGAAAAGUAACUGUAUUGUCUUGUAUACUAAAAUUGCGCAUGUUAAUCCCUGUUUGUUAUUUUGUGUUUUCUUUUUCUAUAACUGUAACUUAGUAAAAAUGUUUAUUCCUGCCAACAGCGGUUUUCUCCUGUUUUCACCACACUGUCUGUCACACUGACAUACAAUUAUAAAAUCAAAGUGAGUCUGUUUGYGCUCAGAGACCAUCACAGUAGAACUUUGAUAUUUUAUUUAUAAAGGUGAAGAUGGACAA